AUGCCCUCUUCCGAAGGGCCACCACCCCUUAGCCGCACCCGUACAGGGUCCGCCACUACCGAUGCCGUUGAUCUGGGCACAACCAACCCCCAUUCGUUACACCAGGCUAUCUACGCCCGCCGCGAAGAGUACACCCGUCCCCAUCGGAUACGCGUCAAGGUCGGAACUUGGAAUGUUGCUGCUUGCCCUGGUACGGAUAAGGACCUGGCCAGCUGGUUUGUCGAUGGCAAGGGAAUCGACACUGCGCUAGCCACGCUCGAUCUCAACAAUAACGGGGCCAUCGAGGGGAAUUCAGAUGGAGAGGAUGGGGUACACAUACUUGGCGGGGAUAAGAUUGGCCUCUAUGUGUUAGGAUUGCAAGAGGUGGUUGACCUGAACACGGCAAGCCAGUACGUCAGUCGCGUGUACGCUGGAGAUGAAGGGGUUACCCAAAAGUGGAAGACUGCUCUCGACGCCGCUCUUCCCCCAGGCUACAAACUCGUUGCCUCCGAGCAAAUGACUGGCCUUUUGCUCCUCAUCUAUGCCUCUCCAGAGGUGGCGCCGACCAUCAGCAACGUGAGCACCGUCAGUGUCGGCACAGGCCUUCUUGGCUAUAUGGGCAACAAGGGCGCUGUCGUAACUCGCAUCAUCCUGGGCGAGUCCACAAGGUUGGUCUUUGUCAACUGCCACCUUGCCAGUGGUAUUGAGGGAGCAUACAACGAGCGGCGUAUUUGGGACGUUGGCCAGAUCCUCGGCCGCACACGCUUCAAGCCCGUCAGCUUUGCCGGUGUGUCAGAGGACUAUGAAGAGAAAAUCGGUGACGAGGACUUUGCCUUCUGGUUUGGCGACCUCAACUUCCGUCUCGAUGGUCUUCCUGGUGACGACAUCCGACACCUCUUGAUGUUGCACACAAAGGGAGAAUAUGGUGCUCCCAGGCCAAAGUUCAGGCGCGACAACUCUCUAGAGGGAGAACCUGUUAUUGUGCACGCCGACAAGUCAUCCGACGCCAGCGACCAGACGAAUGAUGAUGAAAAGUCAACCACGACCCACUCCACAGGAUACAGCAAGAAGACCGACUAUGACAGUGAUUCUGAUUUGGAUGCGCUUCCCGAUCCUGACGACUUCCUGCCAGAUCCCCACGAUGACCCUACUUCACUGCAAGCAACGCUGGACUCGUUGCUUCCCCACGAUCAGCUCACCCGGUUGAUUAAGCAAAAGAAAUUGUUCCAUGACGGAUGGCAUGAGGGCAGCAUCUCCUUUCUCCCAUCCUACAAGUACGACGUCGGCACUGUUGGACUCUUCGACUCGAGCGAGAAAAGGCGGGCCCCUAGUUGGUGUGAUCGAAUCCUCUACCGCACCCGCAAGGAUAAGGAGGCGUAUGACAAGAAGAUCAAGGAUGCCGAGGACGCACGCAAAAAGGAUGAAGAAAUGAAAGCUCGCGGUAUCGACGAGGCCGGAGAUGAUGACGAGGUGCUUUUCGACUAUGACCCGGAUAACGACGGCGAUGAAGAUCACGCUCCAGAUGUGUCACGGCUGGAAUACGAUGAAUACGACGAGGGCGAGGAAGGUGAUAACCAGCACGACAGAGAUGACUGGGUGGAUAGGAUACGCCAGGACAUCUACACGUCUCACCAAAGGAUCACAUCUUCCGACCACAAGCCCAUCAUAUCCAUCUUUACCCUAAACUAUGACGCUGUUGUGUCCGACCUAAAAGCAAAGGUCCACGCAGAGGUGGCCUGGGAACUAGAUCGCGCCGAAAAUGAGGGCCGCCCGUCCCUUACGGUGGUCAACGACUCGCGCGACAUCCGAGGACCGGGACGUCCUGGUGGUUCUCAAGACUCCGCCGAAGAACUCGUGGACUUCGGCGAGGUUCGCUUCCUACAAAAGCAAAGCGCCACACUGACACUGGCAAAUACAGGCCGGGUUGCAUGCACUUUUUCGUUCGUCGAAAAGCCUUCUCCUGGCAAAGAAGAUGGUCCCAGCCCGCCUCCGUGGCUGAAGACGUCCUUCAUCUCUUCAGAACCAGCCAUCGAUGAUUCGCAGCUACCAGAUCUGGGCAAGGAAGUGACACUAGAGCCCGGUGAAACGGUUAGGGCACGGUUAGAGGUCAACAUCAACGAAGUAGAGCAGGCUAGAGUGUUCAACAGUGGCAAGGAUAGGUUAGAGGAAGUUCUUAUCCUUCGAGUAACCGAUGGUCGGGAUCACUUCAUUCCUGUGCGUGGUGUCUGGAUGCCUACCUGCAUCGGUCGCUCCAUCGACGAGCUGAUCCGGGUACCUGAAGGUGGUCUGCGCAAAUUCGUUCACUCCCUGACUGAGAAGAACGGCGGUAAGGUCAUGUCCGUUCCUGAAGAAAUGGACGUCCAUUGCGCCGCACCCAGAGAGCUGUUCAAACUCACCGAGGCCCUGGAAGCGGUCACAGAGCGCGUCUUGGCAGACGAGCAGAUGCUUGAACAGUAUAAGGUACCUAGAGCAUCAGGUUGGCCGUUCGAACAAGACACUUGGCGAGUUACUGACAAGUCCCUCCGUGCCUCUCGCGCCGCCGACCUUAUCGAUGCCCUUGACGUAGGCAUGGCUCACAUUGUCGACGCCUUUCCCGCCGAGGUCCCUGCCAUCGAGCGUCUUGAGACCGUUGCCGAGGUUCUCCAGCUCUUCCUCCGCGGCCUUACGGACGGUAUUAUUACCACGUCCCUCUGGUCACGGAUCGAACAAGCUUCUCUCGUCUCCCUAGGUCAGGGAGCUACCGCCGCCUCCAAGCAAGAAACAGCCUACGAAGACGACAAGGGUACCAUUCUCGACAUUCUCUCCACCGCUCCCAACCACAACAUCUCCUUCGUUUUCCUAACGGCCACCCUAGCCAAGAUCACCACUGAUCUUUCCCCCGUCACUAAAUCAGACCUGGAACUCCUCAAAUCGGACACUCCUGUGAGGCUUAGUAUGCUGAACAGGCGGUCUCUCACCGCUGGACUUGUGAAGAGAAACACAUCGUCUGGGUCGGCGGGGCAAGCAAUGGCUGCGAUAGCGGCCAGGCAAGCCAAGGAGAGGAGUUUCGCAGAGGUGUUUGGGGAAUUGGUAUGUAGAGUGCCGAUGCAGAAGGGCAUGAAGGAUAAGGAGAGAAAGGCGGUGGAGGAGAGGCAGCGCGCUGUGCUGGAGUUAUUUUUGCGGAGGAGGGGAGAUUGA